AUGGACAGCUACAGUGCUUCUGAAGACCCGGGACCGACCUUCUGCAUUGGUCAUCAUGAGGCCAAUCGUUCCGUGACGGUUACUCCUCAGAUGAUCCGCAGGGUCCAUGAAACCAACUAUGAUAUGUUGACUGUCUCAAUCACAACACCGCAUUUCCAUUCGCGGGUCUUGGGACUGCUCUCUUCGUAUCUGUCCAACUUACAGCCGCCCAGUUAUGAUCCCAUUGGAACUAUGGGCACGUCGCAAAAUACGCGACCUUUGGUAGUGCCGCCGCUCUCAAAGCUAGACUCAACUCUCACCCCAAAUGAUGCGACCAGCCAGAUUGUCGGUGUGGUCAGCAGCUGGAUUGAUAUGUGCUCACCUGACCCCCUGAUUGCAGACUUGUCCCGCCAGGUCUUUAUGCUGGAGGUGGCCUACGCUGCUUUCUGUGGCAUUGGAUAUCUUCUAGUACCCAGCCCUAAGCUGCAUCACGGCGGUAUACACUCAGAAGGCGUGGUGUACUAUGCGAGAGCCAUCCAAGAUGCACUGAAUCUGGGCCCUUAUAUCCAAUUCCACACUUGGUUGCGCAUGGUCGAUACUCCCGAGCUCGAGGUUGAUAGCAUGGGUGAUCUGGCUCCAUUUGCUCGAGAGGAGUAUCUUGUACCAGAUGACGGUGUAUUGUCGAAAGAAGAUUUAUUCGGUACUUGGGAUGCAUGGGAUUUGAUCCGUAAGACUUGCAAAUAUCACUCCAGACUGGUCGUUGCCCUUGCCCUGCCCAAACAGCUCCCGCCUCUGCCUGUGCAGUCCCGCUGGCACUCUGAGCCGGUUCACUUACUUUCGAUUGAGGGUACCGCUUUUUUGAAGAACCAGAAAGGGUACCCCGUUCUGUCUAAGGUUCACCAGGCUUUUAUCGCAAAGCUAAUGCGCCUUCGGACCCCUCCAUGGAUACUUUUGUGCAAUGUUGGUCCAAUCCCAGGACUUGGCAAUGCGGACGAGGAAAACACUGCCAGCUUAGACUACCCAAGUCUGGGCGCGGGGGCCAAAACACACCACGACCCGACUCCUCAUCUUUCCUAUAUCAGGAAUCUCCAGCAGCGCCAACCCGCAUGUACUCCCAUCGAACGAUUUGGAACGGGUUAUCAGGACUAUUUGCAGGCGCCCUUGCAACCGCUGACCGUCAACCUGGAGAGCAUUACAUACGAGGUCUUUGAAAAAGAUCCAAUCAAGUAUGAGUGGUAUGAGCGUGCGAUUGAAAAGGCCCUGAGAGAUUGGGCAGAGCAGAAGAAACCUACCUCACACCCGGAGGGCAAGGUGAUCCUCGCAGUUGUGGGUGCUGGCCGAGGCCCAUUGGUUACUCGAGCGAUCAAGGCCAGUAUUAAAGCGGGCGUCGAAAUAGAUCUAUGGGCUGUUGAGAAAAAUCAAAACGCAUUUGUCUUGUUGCAGCGUCACAACGAUACCAUUUGGGACAACAAGGUCACGCUAGUUCAGUCAGACAUGCGCAGUUGGAAAGGCCCCCGCGUGCGCCGACAGGCAACCCAGAGAAGCCAGGAACGCGUCGGCGAGACUCUCGGUAUUGAAGACACCUUGAUUUACACACCGAAGAAGGGUGAGAAUGACCCAGGCCCGGCGUCCGAUUUUGUCAACCCCGAAGCCUCUACUUUCACGCACACCUACGUGGACAUCAUUGUGUCCGAAUUGCUUGGCUCUUUUGCCGACAACGAACUCUCCCCAGAGUGCUUGGAUGGUGUCAACGAUCUUAUCAACCCAGUUCAUGGUAUCUCCAUUCCUGCCUCAUACACAGCACAUUUCACCCCGGUCUCCGCCCCCAAGCUGCACGCCGAUGUCAUGAACCAGACGGUCUCAAACCCAGCGGCUCCGGAAACACCAUAUGUCGUCAUGCUACACGCGAUCGACUUCCUCUCUACCGCCGGCUCUCCCACUCUCGCUGAGGCUGGAAACCAAAACACGGCAAACCGGGCCUCAGGCUCUGCGGCGCCUAUUGCCGCCACUGAAUUCCCAAGCCCCUUUGUGCAAACUGCAUGGUCUUUCUCUCACCCGAACAAGAACAUUCCUAUCCAGUCCACGUCACAAUCCACCAUCUCCAAUUCGCACAACGUGCGUCAAACUCGCUUAUCCUUCCCCGCUCAGAACCGUGGUGUCUGUCACGGAUUGGCUGGAUACUUUGAGACCGUUCUAUAUGGAGAUAUUGAGUUGUCGACCAAUCCAGUGACUAUGGACGCCAAGAGUGCUAGCAUGAUCAGCUGGUUCCCUAUUUACUUCCCUUUGAAGACACCUCUCAACGUUCCUGACAACGGCGAGAUUGUCGUUACCAUGUACCGUCAGACUGACGAUCGGAAGGUUUGGUACGAGUGGAUGGUGGAAGUCUUUGCUCUGGAACGCACUUUCCUUGCACCCAGCCUCACAACCCCGGCUAUGAGUGGUGCACGCUCAAUCUCACCUAGUAUCGCAAGUCUGAAGGGCAAGGAUAAGAGCCAACGUGGAGGUCCUCGGCCGGACUACCGUCGCGUGCGGGUGGGCUUGAGUGACAUGCAUUCGAGUAUUAAGGAGGGAUGCCUGAUGUAG